CUUGCAGCGAACGUGAUCGAGGAACCUCCUGAUCAUCCUCCCAAGGUGGGAGCUGCACAGCGUCCCUCGCACACUUGUCCUGGCUGAGGAGAUCCGAACAUAUUGGCGUUCCCAUUGUCUGGUAUCCAUCUCGGGAGUUACACCACCGGUUGUGUUGGGAUAAUUAUUCCUUUGUGAAAUUAUGGAUGCAGUUGUACACCUCAUUAAUGAUUCCCUGGAAUUCUAUCGAUGGAGCCUCACCAUUGCAGACAAACGGGUGGAAAAUUGGACUUUGAUGCAGUCCCCCUUACCUACGUUGGCAGUGAGCAGUCUUUACCUCCUCUUUGUUUGGCUGGGGCCAAAAUGGAUGAAGAACAGGGAGCCUUUUCAGUUACGAUUUAUGCUUAUUUUCUAUAACUUUGGAAUGGUUAUACUAAAUCUCUACAUCUUUAAGGAGCUCUUCUUUGCUGCAAGAGCAGCAGGAUACAGUUAUAUCUGUCAGACUGUCAAUUACACAGAUGAUGUCAAUGAAGUGCGGAUAGCUUCAGCCUUGUGGUGGUAUUAUGUCUCAAAAGGGAUUGAAUACAUGGAUACAGUAUUUUUUAUAUUGAGGAAGAAAUUUAACCAGGUCAGCUUCCUACAUGUGUAUCAUCACUUCACAAUGUUUACCCUUUGGUGGAUCGGAAUCAAAUGGGUAGCAGGAGGACAAUCUUUUUUUGGAGCUCAUAUGAAUGCUGUCAUCCAUAUUAUUAUGUAUUUGUACUAUGGACUAGCAGCUUGUGGCCCACAGUUUCAGAAAUAUCUCUGGUGGAAACGAUACUUGACCAUCUUGCAACUGGUACAGUUUCAUGUAACCAUAGGUCAUACUGCGUACUCCCUAUAUAUUGAUUGCCCUUUUCCAAGAUGGAUGCAUUGGGCACUGAUCGCUUAUGCCAUUUCCUUCAUCAUCCUCUUCGCCAACUUUUAUUACCAGACCUACAGGGAACCAAAGAGAGAGCACAUCAAAACUGGAAAAGUGGUUGUGAAUGGCAAUGCAAUGGCUAAUGGAAUAAUCAAAUCAGAAAACAGGCUAGUGGCAGAAAAUGGGAAAAAGAAGAAAAAAGGAAAAGCCAAACGUGAAUAAGACACAAAGGCAAAGGUUUAAGUAAAAGAUUAUGUUUUAGAAUCAAAUAGUCCGUGUCAGCAAAAGAUGGCUGCAUGCAUUUCCAGCUGGCUUUGAAAGAAUCUAUUGUACCCUUUGCCAUCUUUGUAAUUUAUUGUAUUUAUUUUAAAUGAAAUUUAUGUUCAAUACAUUGGUAUUGACAUAAAUAUAGACAAGAAAAUUGACCAUUAAAUGAAUUGCACUGAAAGAGGAACAUGACUUUUGCCCUUUUCAAAUAUAAAUUAUAUCAAUUUUUUAAAUGUUAAGUUUGCUGUUCUACUGGUCCUUGCAAAAUAGCUUUUUCCUUUACUUCUACCUCAGUUGUAAUGCUGCUUUUUCAUGUCUUCAUUUUCUACUGCAUAGAGACAUUUAGAUGUAUCCUUUGUUUACAGUCUAUAUCCAGAAAUUCAUAGGAAUGUCAAGGAAAUGACUAGUAUUCAUUAGAUCCAAUAGGUAUCAUUGUACUGAAGAUCUUAACGUAGAGUAAGGUUGGCAGUGUUGGUCAGUCUGGAUGUUUGUAAAAAGACAUUAUUUGUUGUAGCAACAUAAACUUUUAACUCCAAACUUCAUUACAGAUCUUGCAUUUCUUUUCAGCAAGAUCCCAAUAUUGUUCUAUUAAUUUCAAUCAGUACAGUAUAUUAGAGAGCAACAUAUUCAAGCAUCCCCACCUGUUAAUUUCCUUCCCUUGUCAGUGGCAGACACUGGAGAGCAGCUUUUUGAAAGGAGCUGUACCCAACUCUGCAGAGCAUGUUCUUUGUGUGAUCUUAGAUAUUAAAUAUUGGUCAUCUGUUUCUCCUUUAAGAAGGGGAAGCACUUAAUGGUGAUUCCCCUGUCAGUGCUCCAUCUGGUUUCUAAGAACACUAGUCUUCAUGAUCCCUCUGGUUGAGUUUGUUCAUUUUAAUAACUCAAUGAAACUGGACUUUUCUGUCACUUUGACUUUAGCACCAAUCUGCAAAAACCUAUCUAACCACAGGGACAGGAUGCAAGUCACAAAAUCACACAUACCACUUAUGUCAGAAAUACGAAAUUAAGUUGUCUUUCAGAUUAUGAAGAUCUAUAGUGAGUUGUGCAUUUUCUUCACAGUAUACUCUUGGAGAAACAGUGGUUUGUAUCAGAGAAGAGUGCAUGUUUUAAACAGAAAAAUAUUUUCAAAUUAAAUUCCAGAAUUACAUCCAAGUAUAUCUGUGACAACAAAGCCUGUUACUGUGUGCAAUUAGGAUUUCAAAAUUUUAUUUAAUGUUAACAUUUGUUUAUUGCAACAGGUACUACAUUCUAAAAUUAAUUAAAAAUAAUUUUAAAUAAUGAAAUCAUACUUUAAGGUAAUGGAAAUAAAAAGUGCUCUGUUGUCAUGAGGCCUCUGUUUCUAAGUUUAAAUUGUAACAGUAGUUGCCCAUAGUUUAGAACAACAGACAAGUGAAAGGUGAGGUAAUUAUAAUCAACUUUCAUGCACGUUACAACAGACUACUAUGAAGUAAGAGUCUUUAAUUAUGGCAAAAGAAAGUUGGUGUUUAAAAUGUUCCAAUUUUUUGUGGUUUUAAUAAAAAGCAAAGGAACAGCACAAAAGACAGAUUAUACAAUUAUAAUUCAAGUUGUUACACAGAUUUAAAGCUUAUGGCCUGAGAGUUGAGCUAGGCUAAAUAAUUCUUAAUCAAGGGUGGAACAACCUAGUUUCAAGUAAAGUGUUCCUUUUUUGGGGAUGAUUUACUGUAUUGUCUGAAUAAGCACAUUCAUGAUGCAAAAUGUUCUCUGUAUGGUAAAAUGUUGUCUACAAAAGUGUUUACUAGCUGUAUUAAUUAUAGCACAAAGACAAAAUCUUCCUUCAUGAUUAUGACAGUAGAUCAGAUGUUUGUAUUUGUAUAUGCAUGAUCUGGUUUUGGUCUAUUUUCUGACAUGAGGGCCGUUGAGUCAUAUUUUCACAAAGAUGCUUUUUUGCUGCCCUUUACCUCCCAUAUUCUAAUGUGGCACUUUUAUGAAUGAAGGCCAUAGAGAUAGUUUUGCAGAUUUAUUUCCCAAUAAGACUAUAGUGGUGAUAUUCCAAUCAACAAACAGCCAGUACAAAUCUAAGCUGGUAUCAGUGUCAUGUAGUGUGCUAGUAGUAGAUGCUAACACUGAUUUAAGCUGCAGGAAAAAGAAAUAGACCUGCAACCAGAUAAAGCUCCCAUAUAAAAUUGGAACAAUAUAUUUGUGAACACAUCCAACAAUAAGAUUUAAGGGCUAUACUGUAAUCUUGGAUUUUGAUAUCAAAAUAUUUUAUGUUUGCUGACUUGUUAAAAAAAAAAUAUAAUAAAAUUCUGGUCUGAUGAAGUAAAACCUUUUCUAAAUGUACCAGUGCAGUGUUGUAACUAAAACAGGGACUUUUUUUUUUAAACUCUCAUCAGUUGAGCCUUUUUUUUAAUAUGUAGUGAGUAUAGAAUGUCUAUAUAUAUAUUACUUAGGAAAAAAUGCUUGUGACGUGUGCAACGCUUGACUAUCCAGAAAUUUGGAGUGUGAGUGGCACAGUAGUCCAAUUUAUUUUGGUCAUUUUAAUAUUAAAAUGUUUGCACUGUAGGUGGGUUACCUGAACAGGAUUAUGUUUCUUUAAAUUUCUUAAUUCAGUGGCUGCUGAUGCAGGUGAGAAGGCUUUGUUAAGCCUGAGCAGCACCUUGCCUAGAUUUAAUUUUACUGGUGAUUAAGUUGAUGAAAUCCUAAUUGGCAUCAGCAUGUCAUUCUACUGGGUUGUGGAAAGCCAGUCUUAGUGCUAAUGGCUAUAGACUUUCAUAUCUGGGUCAUGUUAUGAAACAUGAACCUCCAUUCAAAACUUCUAAUUCUGGGGUUAGAACUUGAUUAAUUCAGAAGAUUUUCUGUUCAGUUCAUAUUUUAGUAAGAAUUAGCUCUGUGAAUGUGAUCUAAUUUAUUUAAGAACACCACUGAUAGGGGACUUCCCUGUCCCCUUGUUUGACAUAGAUUCUUCUUUUUGUUGUAGUUUUAAUUCUUUAUAAGAUUAAAUGUAAUUGAAAUAUUUGGCCAUUACUGCUGAUAUUGUAUUUUUAACACCGUAUGGAGUCAGAAAUUUAAUCAAUAUGUCUUUUUUCUUUUGCGUACUAGUUCUAAAAGUACUUUCAUUUAUGUACAGAUUUUUCCUAUUUAGCAUUUGGAUAUUUGAAUACUAUGCAGAGAGGUCCAACUCCUAAAUAUCAUACGACACAAUUAGUUGCACCCAUGAAUUGAAUGUUGAUUGAAGAUUUCUUGUGUAUAGGAAUGUUCAGUUAAUGAGAGCAGUUUAAUUUUUUUUCUUUUACCAUUAGCUGUUUGCUUGGGAAAUGAUUUGGAUUUUGUAUCACGAGGUAAUGUUUGGACCGGUUAAAAACAAGUUCAUGAGCACUAAUGUUAAAGGCACUGAAUUAGCUUUGAUUAAACACAAAGCUGUCAGUCCCUUAAGAUGGAGGUAGAAACCUGAACAACUGAUUACAACUCUAAUGGAGAAAUAUACAUUGCAGAUUAUCUGCUCUUACAUAAUUUUGAAGAAUUUUUUAAGAGGUGAAAACAGUAAAGAUGCAUAAAAAUGUAAUAACAGUCCUAUGCAUCUGUAGUUUUUUUUCUUCUAAAUGCUGCUUUUGGAUAUACCAUUUAAAUGUAGCAUGUUAUAAAUCUUUUCUACAUAUAUUCUUUAUUGAAAUGCUUGUUAUUGAAGAAUUUAUUAUAAUACUGCAGUACUCCAUUUUCUGUUAAGUGAAAUCUGUCAAAUAACAGUACUGUUCACUAAAAUAAUUUGAACGCUUUCCAGCUGAAUAUUACUAGUUGCAUUUUUUUUAAAAAGCAAUCUUGGUUAGUUAAUUGUAAAAUAAAUGACUGCUCCUGGUAAACAUUGGAUAUGGAAUUACUUAAUAGAACCGUAGUAGUUAUAUGAUUAUCCAUCUCAACAUUUUGUUUUUAACAUAUGUGGAAAUCAUUUGUCAGUGGUUAUCAUGAUUGCACUCAACAAAAGUAAACCUGAUGAAUCCAGUCUUUCAAAUGCACAGAGGAGUCUUUCCUAGGUAUUGUUGAGAUUUCAGCACAACAUACACAUUGGUUUUGAGGUUCAGAUUUAUUGAAGCACUCAAUCUCUGAUGAGAAGGAUACAUUCAGGAAAAGUUUGGAAUGUAAUUUCACAGAGUGCUUAACAGUUCGGCGGGAAUGACAGUGGAGUCGGGGAAACAGAACAAAUCAAAUGGAAGAAUAAUAUCAAAAACAUUGUGGUUUUUCUUUAUUCAAAUUGAUCUGUAAGUGGGUCAGUGGCCAGUUUUUUGUUUAAAAAAAUAAUUGAUUAUCGUAGUGCGGAAAAACAUUGUUGCAUGUGUUACCCUGUAGCUUGUUAGGUGACUGAUCACCUCCUGAUUAGGAAGUUAUUGGUAAAUUAAUAUUUUAAAAAAACUUAAAUUUGUUUGCCUACAUUGAAGGGGGAAAUCCAGAGCUCCUCAAACUGUAUUGGUGGCAUCUACCACCAUUUAGUCAAAGAACAGCAUUAAAAGCAGUCAUUGAGAUAUCUUACAAGCCUGUGAAUGAUGUAUGAUGGAAAGUUUGCCAGUUAUACCAAAAAGACAAUGUUAUAUUUUAUACAUUUAUUUGAAUAAACACAUACCCAAAAUGCUGGAUUCAAGGAAAUGAAGAUCAAUUUGCUCAAGGUUGCAUCACCCAUUUUAAUUAUUUUUUUAUCUGCUGAGAUUUCCCUGUAAGAAAUUUUGUAUGAGAGCAUUGGAAGCUUUUUUAUCUUAAAAGAAUCUUUGUGUUUACAAAGUGCCCAGGAAUUUCAUUGUACCCAGGAGUGUAAAAUAAUAAUGUGUUGAGGUAAUGCCCGAUGAGUCAUGCCCAAGCAGUAUGAGCCAGAGUUGUCAAAUGGUGUUUCAUCAAUUUAUCUCCAGAAUUAUACUGUAACUUUUGCAUUGUUGUGAAGGGGCAAAUGUGGUAGCAAUAGAAAAACACCUAUAAAUAUUACAUUCAGUACAACAAAGCUGAAGAAUGCUAAAUUUUUUUUCUGAUCUGUUUAUUUUGCACUGACAUAAUCUUACUGUGAGCAUAAGCCAACUCACAAAACAAACUCAAAGUUGUAAGUGGACUCUUCCCAAAGGUUUCUGGAUAACUUUAACAAAGGAGUCUGAAUUAAGUUGCAACAAAAUCUAAAUUAAAACCAAAUUUUAAUUCAAAUAACUUGGACAAAUGUAGCUGCAUUAUGUGUUUUAAUAAUGUAUAAAUGAAAUUGCUGGCAGUUUUAAGAUCACUUUUUGUUGACACUAUUUGUGCUUGUUCCAGAUUUACACUUUACAAAGCUGUUUUAAAUUUGCAACUCGGGAAGAAUUGUUACCUCAUGGGAUACUAUUACUUUGUGGAACAUAAUGUUCCAUUAUAUUCCGCAUGCAAAUGAAAGUUGAUAAGUAAGCUGUUGAUGUAGCGCAGUUGGUGCAUGGACUUGCCUGUAACUUUGCUGCUGGUUACCUAAGGGUCACAUAUGGGUAGCUUCAAAUGCUGACUUACCACACGUAAAGAUAAGAUGCAGGGUCUUCUCAUCUACCAAGUAGUACUUCACCACUUUGAAUUCCUUUCUCAAAGUGAGUGAUAAUUUAAAGUAAUGGAUGUAUUCACGACAAACUCAUUUUGACAACAUGUAUUUCAAGUACACAAAAUCCACUGAGCAAAGAAUUUGGUAGAGAACCCUGAAUGGUGUAUGGGGUUCCAUGAACAUCUAAGUUUGACUUUGUGUAUUGACUUGGCCCUUUCAUGUCGUAUUGUCAAAUUGUGAAUUAAUUGAAGAAUUUCACUGUUGAAAGUUUUAAGUCCACAUAUAUGUGUAAACUUGAAAGUAUGCAGUAUUAUAAUGCCAAGAAGUGGAAAGUUUAUAUGACUGUACGCAGUCUUUCUGUAUGCAAAUGUUUUGCUGCAGUUGUGGAAAUAAAAUGGAAUACUGCUA